AUGACUGGUGCAGUAGUGAUUUUCUGCACUGAGGGUGGAUGCCGGCAGGAGUUAUUGUUUGUCAGGUUCAACUCCAGCCAUGGCUUCCCGGUGGAGGUUGGUUCAGACGCCAGCAUCCUCCAGCUGAAGGAGGCGGUUGCCCAGCGACAGGGAGUUCCAGCUGACCAGCUGCGGGUGAUUUUUGCAGGGAGGGAGCUCAGCAAUGACUUGACACUGCAGAACUGUGACCUGGCCCAGCAGAGUAUCGUUCAUGUUGUUCAGACUCCACAGAAGAAGAGUCAAAAGAAGGAUGAGCCAGAAGAUAACCAUGCUGGAGGUAUUCUAAAAGCCUUGGAAAGAAAACCUGAAAGUCUAACUCGUGUAGAUCUCAGCACCAGCAUCCUUCCAUCAGUCUCCGCAGGGCUGGCUGUUAUUCUGGAUACUACAAAACCCAGCAUUUCUCUUCCCUCUGAAAAAUCAGGUGCAGCUAGUUACAACAGUUUUUAUGUUUUUUGCAAAAAUUUCUGCCAAGCUGUGAAACCUGGGAAACUGAGGGUCCGCUGCAGUGUGUGUAAACAAGGAACACUGACGCUGGCAAGGGGUCCAUCUUGCUGGGAUGAUGUGCUGAUUCCCAACAGAAUAAGAGGUGUUUGCCAGUCCCAAAGGUGUGAUGGAAACAUAGCGCUUCAGAUCUCCUUCAAUGACAGAGCUCUUGAAAAUUCUUCAGAUGGUGUAGCUGCUUCAUCAUUUGAUGAGAGGCAGUUUCAG